GCUUCCAAUCUAAGAUGGCGGAUUCUAACAAAAAUCGCAAAAUCCUGUUCGUUUGUCUCGGGAAUAUUUGUCGUUCUCCAUCCGCUGAAGCAAUCUUUAGACACCUUGUACAGGAACGCGACGAUAGAAAUCAAUGGGAGAUCGACAGCGCUGGAAUUCUUGAUCUCCACGAAGGACUUCGCUCAGACAAGCGAGGGUUGCAAGUAUUGAAGAAACAUGGAAUCGUGAAUAAUCACCGAGCAAGGCAAGUUCACGAAGAUGAUUUUCGUCGUUUCGAUGUAAUACUGGCCUUUGAUGACAGCAAUGUACGUGAUCUGAAUGAAACUUUUAAGCCAACCGAUGGAACUGCGCGAGCGGAGGUAAAACUGUUUGGAACAUAUGAUCCCAAAGGAGAGUUGAUAAUUCACGAUCCUUACUAUGGAGACAUUUCAGAUUUUGAAGUCAUGUUCGAUCAUGUUUACAGAUGCUGUGUAGAAUUUCUGAGACAAUAUUAACGAAGGAAUUGAUGAUUUUUCAGCCAUUAGGUCUACAAUGUGUUACAAUUUAUUUUCAAUCAAAUCGACAAACUUUUGGUGAACAUCAGCCACACAAGCAGUAGCCUCUAUGAUUCAUUUGUCACAAAUACAGAUAUAUGCUCGGAUAUUUCUUAUUUUUCCCUCUUCAAGAAUUCCCCCCUCCUUUAUAUCUAGGGGUAGUGCUAGUGAAGUUGGUAACAACCCUCCAAAAACCUACCAAAUCACUAGACUCAACAAAGACAGUAAAAGAUAUGUAAACAAUAAUGAUCCUAACGACAAUAAUAAAUAAUUUAUCUUUCUGACAAUAAAGAGGAU